GUAGUGAAGUAUGAAUCCAGCAAGUGUUCUACGAAAGAAGUCGAACAGCAGUGAUGCUUUUAAAAAAAAAGAAAAAGACAAAGAUAGAGUAGCAGGAAGGAUUGGGUCUCCUUUAGCAAUGAAUGCAUCAUCAAAUACAUCUGCAUUUCAAUCCGGAAUCUCAGUUAAACCAUCAUCACGCGCACCUCCCGGUAUUAACGGAACAUUUGCUUCCACAGCUCCUAUUGUCAUUGAUCUUCAUAGAUUUGCAGAUGAGAACAUGCAGCCUGAGGAGUACGUUCAUCGUGCUCUAGGAGAUGCGAAUGAGGAAGGAAUCAGGGCCUUCCACAAAUCACUAAUAGAAUCAAAGCAUGUCGUGGGUGGUGACUUGCAACGAAAUGUCUAUCGAAACUAUACAGAGUUUGUCGCCAUAUCAAAGGAAAUCUCAAACCUUGACGGCGAUGUUCUUCAUCUUAAAGGCUACCUAAAUGAAUUGCGCAAUAUAUGGGAAGGCUUCUUAGCAUCUACUGAUGCCUCAAAUGAAUUACUUCCAACAAAUGACGGUGUAUUUUCUGAGCCAAUUCUUCCUUUAAGAAGGCGAAGUGAAUUGAUGACAACAGAUAUGCAGACCAUACAUCGUGCUCAGAUAGUAGCGCUUUGGGAAAAUGUAGAUGGAUCACAGAAGUUUAUACCUUAUGCACAAGAUCGCCAGAUUGUUCGUGAAUGCGUGAAUUUUGUAGAGCUAGAUCCCCGUACAGGGCAGCCACACCAAGCUGUUCAUAUAUUCCUUCUCAACAAUUGCAUUCUGGUUGCUUCUCGUAGAAAGCGAUCUAUAGCAAAUAAAUACAAGCUCAUGGCUGAGUAUUACUGGAAUCUCGAAGAUACUACAAUGCUUGACAUUAAAGAUUCCCCAGAACUCCAAAAUUCCCUUAAGAUUGUCGUGUAUCCAAACACAUAUCUUUUCCGUGCAGAUAGACCCGAAGACAAACUAGGUUUAUUACAUGCUUAUAGGCGUGUAAUGGACGAAGACAACGAUAAAAGCCAGGAUCAAGCCAAAAAUGGCCGGUCUAAUAACGGUCGAGACAAUCAGCAACCCACGUCCCUUGAUCCAGACGACCUAAAGUGGCUAACAGAACUCCCGGAUGAACUUGAGGUUCUUAUUGCUAUCCGUGAAUUUGAAAAUGCAGUCAUGCUCAUUGAAAAAGCUCGAACCAUCUUCAAGGGUUACUCUGCCGAUCUUGCAGCACUGCGCGACAUUCGAACGCAAGUGCAGAAAUAUACAGAUUUGCUGUGUACAACAAUCAGCAAUGACCUUGGCAAUAUCCUUUUGACCAAGUUGCAGUUCCAGCGUUUUGUAGGCUGGCUCCUUAGACUAGACAAGGGAGAGCAGGCACGGGAAGUCUUUUUGGCCACCCGAUCCCUUAUUAUCAAGAAAAGAAUCAGGCAAUUGAUAUUCGAAGGAGAUAUUCCAACGUACAUUGGUGAGCUCGCACUUGUGGUGUUUACCUUGAUCCGAAAUACAUGUGAAUGGUAUCGAGAUUCAUUUAAACAAAAUGAUAUGGCGUCUGGUUUUGUAAAUUGGGUCCGUGAACAGACAAACAUUUAUGCAACUAUCUAUAAGCGGCAAGUGUUUAACAACAGCCACUUGAGCUGCCAGAUUAUAUCAGACUGCUUUAAAUCAACACUAGAUCAAUGUGCGAUUGUAAGACUUGCUAAAACACAAUACUUUUAA